UUGCAACAGAUCUUCUCAGUUAAUUACGAGUUAGCAUUAUUUUAUAAGAUGAGGAUAUAUUCGGUUUUUCAUGUUUCAUUGCUGGAACUAGUAGUGCAGGAAAUACUAAUGAAUAAUAUAGCAGAAGUGAAGAAUAACGAGCUAGAGUAUGAGGUAGAGAAGAUCCUCAAGCAUAGAAGCAUAGAUAAUACGAAGGAAUACUUCAUUAAAUGA